AUGGCCGCAACAGAAUCACCACCAAAGAAGGCGACAGACGACGGCCUACUCAUCAUCAACGCGAGCUUAUUUCGCAGCGCCACCAAAUCGAUGGCCCUCGCAUACCAAAUCCUAGGCUUCAAAACACACCACGGUCUACUAGAAAAAGUCACAGACACACCAUGGGUCUCCCUUGAAAAAGCCGCCGAAGCAACAUGGCCCUCUGCGCCAAACGCCCGACCCCAAGCGCGCUUCACGCGCGAAGACUGGGACGAACUAUGGGGAAACAAAUACGACGCAGUGACAGACCUCGCCUCGCCCUUCGCCCUAGAACUCAUAGAAUCCUACCCAAACGCAAAGGUCGUCAUCGUGCAGCGCGACUUCGAGAGCUGGUGGCCCAGUUUCCAGACCGAGAUUCUCGACCGCGUCAUGAUCCAGCCAAUGGCUACUAUCAACGGGUUUCUGGGUCUGUAUCUAAUGGGCAUUCCGGCCGUGCAGGCGAUGCGGAAGAUCCAUUUCGGCUUCUUCGGCGCGAAGAGCCAUGCGGGGAUUCGGGAGCGCGCGAGAUCAGCGUACGACGCUUACUAUCGCGAUGUGAGGGCGGCGGUUCCGGCAGAGCGGAAACUUGAGUAUCAGAUCAGUGAUGGGUGGGAGCCUCUGUGUCAGUUUUUGGGCGUCGAUGUUCCCGAUGUGCCGUUUCCGAGGGAUAAUCAUUCCGCUUUGCAUGAGCAGGAGGCAAAGGCUCGGAUGUGGCUUUUGUGGACUUAUAGUGCCAAGGUUGCGCCACCCUACAGCAUUUUUAUGUAA